AUAGGGGAUAGUUGCUGUGUGUGUGUCGCCUACUGCGCUGCUGUUAGUGUCAACAAGCCACAACCAAACACCCGCCGACAUGGACGACCUGUUCAGUCCGCGCAGGAGCCUGAACAGCACACAAGGCGAGAUAAGAGUUGGGCCAAGUCAUCAGGCCAAACUCCCAGAGUUGCAGCCGCGGUCUGCUCCUGGUUUACACACUCAGAUGGAGAGUGAGGAGCUGAUGUGGACGCCAGGAGUCAACGACUGUGACCUUCUUAUGUACCUGAGAGCAGCCAGGAGCAUGGCAGCGUUUGCAGGGAUGUGUGACGGUGGAUCCACAGAGGAUGGUUGUUUAGCAGCUUCCCGUGAUGAUACAACACUCAAUGCCCUCAACAUGCUCCAUGCAAGCCAUUAUGAUGCAGCGAAAGCUCUCCAGCGUCUAGUCAAAAGGCCAUUACCGAAACUUAUUGAAAAGUGCUGGUCAGAGGACGAUGUGAAACGCUUCAUCAAAGGCCUGAGGCAGUACGGAAAGAAUUUUUUCCGCAUUCGUAAAGAUUUCCUCCCCAGCAAAAAGACUGGAGAACUGAUCACUUUUUAUUACCACUGGAAGAAGACUCCAGAGGCUGCAGGGACAAGAGCUUUUCGACAGCAGCGUCGGCAGCCGUCCUCCCGUAAAGCAAAGACCCGAUCUGCAGCAGCUCCUGUCAGCGCGCCAUCUCGAAAUUAUUCAGUGGAUGUGAGUUCUGCUAGUGAGGAUGAUCUCGACAGUGAAGACAGUGAACAAGAAAUAAAAAGCUGCAGCCACUGUGGAACAAGAAAUUCAAAGGAUUGGCACCAGGGUGGGAGAGACAACCCUUUGCUGUGCACGACUUGCCGCACAUUUGAAAACAAACAUGGAUGUCUGCCACCUGCUUCAAAAUCUGGGGGAUCUUCGUUUAUGUUCAAACCUGUUAAAGCAGAGGAAGAGGUGAACAGCAAACACGGCAUGAGGACUCGGCAGAGCAAAGCACCUCAAAUGUCAUCUUUAAGAAGUGGCCUCAGGAGGUUCACAGGCUCCCCAUCCAGCGAGGAACAGCAGCCAUUCACAAGUGGGGCUAGAUCUUCUGCAGACAAGAUCGACUCCUCAAGGAAAACAAAUAAGAGGAUAAAAGAAGAGGCGUCAGCGCCAAAGACAACGAAGCGUGCACGAGAAAGUCCUGCUCUGGAGCCGGACGAGCCUGAAAAAAUCACACCUAAAAGGCCCAAAACGCAGGAUCCAUCAGGAUCCCGAUCUGAAGGAGAGGCAGAGGAGGAAAGCUCUUCAGAAAGCCCCAGUGCUCAGGAUGACUGCAGCGACACCAAAGACAUUGAUCAAGACAACCGCAGCUCGUCUCCCAGCAUUCCCAGCCCUCAACAGGGCAACGAGAGUGACUCUGACUCCUCUGCGCAGCCGAACGGGCUCCCGUCAGAGCCCACUGCCCCAGCUGAUACUUCUGUCCUGCAGGUCCUCCCCUCUCAGGGCCCUUCGAUCACUCCUCAGCCACCACAAAUCAUACCCUCAUCUGUCCCAGCUCAAAGCUCUCCACCGUCCUCCCCUGAUCCCACUCAGUCUGGUCAUUCAGCAGGUUCAAACAGCCGAGCGCAGCCAGCUGCUCAGUCUACGAACGGCCCACGACCUCCACCACCGGCACCGGGUCAGGAAGCUUCUCUUCCUCCUGUGUUUCAUGUCACACCUGCUCUCAGCUCCACGCAGCCGCUGCAGCCAAGUGGUCCACCUCCUCAAACUGCCCCGCGUCCUGUACCCUUUUUUAGGGACGUCCCACAACCACCACUUACUGGCCCUCAAGUUAAGCCGCCCCCCACCACCCCAAUUCCACCUUCGCACAAGCAGCUGCCUCACCAGUCUGCAGCACCUUUCCCCCAGAUGCCCUCUAAUCUGCCCCCUCCUCCUGCUCUAAAGCCCCUCAAUUCACUGCCCAACCAGCAUCCUCCGGGUGCCCCGCCUCCUCCACUUCAGCUCAUGUCACAUGCUCUACCAACUCAUUCACAUUCAGCCCAACUUCCAGUCACCUCCCAGGUGCACAAUCCAGUCGGCAAAAGCUCAGCCCCUUCUCAUGCACCAGCUGCAGCCCCCCUCCCGCACUCCUCUGUCACGUCUUCUGGCGGUGGCCCCGUCCCAAGCUUGCAGACAUCUUUUCCAACUCCUCCUGCCAGACCCUCGUCGAAUGCAGCCACGGGAGGAUCACAAGUUCAGAUUAAAGAAGAGCCGUUGGACGAGAUGGAAGAGGCCGAGAGCCCACCUUCUCCUCCACGGAGCCCCUCACCAGAGCCCACCGUUGUCAACAUGGCAAGCCAUGCCAGCCAGUCAGCCCGGUUUAUUAAACACUUGGAUCGUGGAUACAAUUCAUGUGCGAGAACAGAUUUUUUCUUCACCCCGCUGUCAUCCUCCAAGCUGGCCAAGAAAAGAGAGGAGGCCGUAGAAAGGUCCAGGAGAGAGGCUGAGCUCAGUGCUCGCCAAGAACGCGAAAGAGAGAGAGAGCGGGAAAGGGACCGUGAACGAGACGCUGAUAGAAACUCUAGAGCAUCCAGCUCCUCCCACGACAGCCGCAUGAGUGAGGUGCAAAUGGUAGCUCAGGUCCACGGACGCCCCUCCUUUGAGCCCCCGCCUGCCACUGUAGCAGCUGUGCCUCCCUACAUUGGUCCAGACACGGCAGCCAUGCGCACCCUGAAUGACUACGCUCGACCCCAUGUCAUGUCCCCCUCCAACCGCAACCAUCCUUUCUACGUGUCCCUGAGCCCCGGGGACCCCUUGCUGGCCUACCACAUGCCUGGCCUGUACAGCACCGAGCCCAGCCUCAGAGAGCGCGAGCUGAGGAACCUUAGAGACCGAGAGCUCCGCGAGAGGAUGAAGCCAGGCUUCGAGAUGAAACCCCCAGACCUGGAAACUCUGCACCCUUCAGCCAACCCCAUUGAGCACUUUGCGAGACACGGGGCUUUGGGUCUUCCUCAUUUACCUGGGCCUUCUCACCCCUUUGUGCCCUUUCAUCCUGGCCUGAGCCACCUGGAGCGAGAGAGGUUGGCGCUGGUGGGGCCUCAGCUGCGCCCGGAGCUGAGCUACGCUGAGCGGCUCACGGCAGAGCGACUUCACGCUGAAAGGAUGGCUUCUGUCGCCACGGAUCCGGCUGCUCGGCUGCAGAUGCUCAACGUGACGCCUCAUCAUCACCAACACUCUCAUAUCCACUCUCACCUGCACCUCCACCAACAGGACCCCCUCGGUCAAGGUGAAGUUUAUUCCUCAGCAGUAAUUCAUCCAAUUUUUUUCAAACUUACACAUACUUGCAUGUUGUUCCAUCUCCUCUUAGGUUCAAGUCCUCAUCCUCUAGUGGAUCCUCUGGCUACAGGACCACGUUUGGCCCGAUUCCCCUUUCCUGGCGGUCCAAUGCCAAACCCUUUACUCGCUGAUCUUCCUCAUGAUCAUGAGAUGCUGCGCCACCCACUGUUUGGAGCUGCUUAUCCACGAGAGCUGCAGGGUCCGAUCCCUCAGAUGUCUGCCUCUCAUCAGCUGCAGGCCAUGCACGCGCAGUCUGCAGAGCUGCAGAGGAUGGCGCUGGAGCAGCAGUGGCUUCAUGGGCAUCACCUGCACGGAGGCCCUCUGUCGAAUCCAGAAGAUUAUUACAGCCGUCUGAAGAAAGAAGGUGACAAGCCAUCUUGAGGUGGUGCAUGCCCUGAAAUCUUACUAUCAAUACUGUGUACUUUUAAAGCUAUAAAAGACUAUUUUCUG